UUGGAAAUUUGAUCGAGUCAAUACCCAAAAUUUUCACGCGUAUAUGGUCAAAAAAGUCUUAAAAUUCCACUUCCCCAUUCUACCCCUCGUUUUUAUAUCUUCUUCCAAUUCUGCCCUUCUCCCUCUAUCCCAUAAACCUAUAUAUACGAAAUUGCCAUUUCUUAUUCAAAAAUCAAAACUUAAAUUAACUGUUCUUUUCACUUACCCAAAUUCUAAUAAACCCCAAAACGUGUUAGAUAGAUAUAACUUUGUAGAGCGGAGAUUUUUUUUCUGUUCAGCUUCAAACGAUCCGAGAGUUGCAGACAAAUCAUCGACGGCGGCGGCGGCGGCGGAGGAUAUAAAGAAUGGCCGGAGCCAGCGGUGGAAGAUCACUGGAGCAAACGCCGACUUGGGCUGUGGCGGUUGUGUGUUUCGUUUUGGUUGCGGUUUCCAUUCUUAUCGAACACAUCAUCCAUUUAAUAGGAAAGUGGUUAAAGUCGAAACAUAAAAGGGCUCUCUAUGAAUCACUCGAAAAGGUCAAAGCAGAGUUGAUGCUGCUGGGAUUUAUAUCGUUGCUGCUGACGGUGGGCCAGAGUCCAAUCUCGAACAUAUGUAUAUCGAAGAAAUUGGGGUCCACGUGGCACCCAUGCACCAAGACGCAAGAGGGGAACAAGUACCCGGCGCCGCCGAAAGAAGAUCCCGAAGAAGAUAACCGCCGGAGACUUCUCUCGGUGGUGGACGGAGGCAGUUUCCGGCGUAUCCUGGCCGGCGGCGGAACUGACAAAUGCGCAGAGAAGGGUAAAGUUCCAUUUGUGUCCUCGGAUGGUAUACACCAGCUUCAUAUUUUCAUCUUUGUUUUGGCUAUUUUCCAUGUCCUUUAUUGUAUUCUCACCAUGGCCUUAGGAAGAGCUAAGAUGGGAAGUUGGAAAGGAUGGGAAAAAGAAACAAAAACAAUUGAAUACCAAUUUUCACACGAUCCCGAGAGGUUUAGGUUUGCAAGAGAAACAUCGUUCGGGAGGAGGCACUUGAGCUUUUGGAGCAAAACUCCUGUCCUUCUUUGGAUUGUUUGUUUCUUUAGACAAUUCGUAAGAUCGGUUCCGAAAGUCGAUUAUUUGACUUUACGGCACGGGUUUAUCAUGGCACACCUUGCACCCCAAAGCCAUGCUAAUUUCGAUUUUCAGAAAUAUAUCAAUCGAUCACUCGAAGAGGACUUCAAAGUUGUUGUCGGAAUUAGCCCACCAAUAUGGUUCUUUGCAGUGUUGUUUCUGCUCUUCAAUACUCACGGUGAGUGGAUAAAAAGCCUUUAUAUUAAUGUUGCAAUAAUUUUAAAUUCGAACUUUGUUCUGUUAUAG